CACAAAACUUUGGUCCAUGCUCCUCCUCCUAUUCUUAACCUUAAACCCUAACGCCAUAAACCCCGCAUUCCCUGCCUCAAAACCAUUUCUCCCUUCUCUCGUUACUCAUUGGCCAUUUCAACUACAGUCAUGUACUCCUCUAUCCUUCGACGACAUUCCAGCUCCUCCUCGAAGCUUCUCUGCACCUUCUUCUUCGCCCGCCCAAUGGGCGGCGGUCCAAGAACCUUUCCCGGCGGUAUCAACAAAUGGCAAUGGAAACGUCUCCACGAGAAGAAAGCCAGGGAGAAGGAGAAGAGACUUCUCGACCACGAGAAACAGCUCUACGAAGCCCGAAUCCGAUCGCAAAUCCGGGCCAAACUCGCUGGGAAACCCGUUUCCGAUUUCUCUCCGGAUUCGGAUCAUCCGAAUCACAACCCCAUGUCCCCCCAAGACCACAUCAAAGCCCUCGCUGAUCGGUUCAUGAAGGAAGGCGCCGAAGACCUCUGGAACGACGACGACGGCCCAGUCAAAUCUCCUCCACCACUGCCGCGGCGGCCAUCCAAUGGAUUGAGUGGGCAGAUUGAGCCUCCGGUUGAUCUUCGGAAGUUGACAUCCCAUGGGCGGAGUUUGGGGCCCGGAAAUGCGAGAAUUGUGAGCAGGGCUUUGAAACCUAGGCAUUAUUCUGUGCAAGUGCGGAGGAGGUUUCGGAGAAACGAGAGUUCGUCGAGCGAUGAUGGUUCGGAUGUGAGUUCUGGGGAUGAAUUUUCGGGGAGAUUGGUGGAUGAUGAUGUGGAAUUGAGGGGAAGGAGAAAUGUACAAAAGAUGAUGAGUAGUGCUGCUUUGGGGAAGUACGAUGUCAAGAUCAAGAGGCGGGUGAUGCCGAAGUCUAUUGAUGAAGGGGAUGAUUUUUCGGAGCAAAUUGAGUUGAUUAGACAUGAGUUGAGUAGGAAGAAUUUGGCGGAGGAAGAGGAAAAAGAGGAUGAAGAGUCCAUUCUUAGUCAGAAAAGAUUUGAUGAAUGUGGUGUAUCUCCAUUGACAGUCAAGGCACUUUCUUCAGCAGGCUAUGUACAAAUGACAAGGGUACAAGAGGCUACUCUUGAUGUUUGCCUUGAAGGAAAGGAUGCUUUAGUCAAAGCUAAAACCGGCACUGGCAAAAGUGCUGCUUUCUUGCUUCCUGCAAUUGAAGCAGUUUUGAAGGCUACAAGUAGCAACAGAAUUCAACGGGUGCCACCAAUACUUGUUCUUAUUCUCUGCCCAACAAGAGAAAUUGCAAGUCAGAUCGCUGCAGAAGCAAAUGUUAUGCUAAAGUACCAUGAUGGCAUAGGUGUUCAAACAUUAAUUGGGGGUACACGUUUCAAGUUUGAUCAGAAACGCCUAGAGUCAGAUCCAUGCCAGAUUAUAGUGGCUACCCCUGGUAGGUUGUUGGAUCAUAUUGAGAAUAAGGGUAGCUUCUCUGUUCGUCUGAUGGGAUUGAAAAUGCUUGUUCUUGAUGAAGCUGACCACUUACUGGACCUGGGAUUCAGAAAAGACAUGGAGAAAAUUGUAGAUUGUUUACCCCGCCAGAGGCAGUCGUUGCUGUUCUCUGCUACAGUCCCUAAAGAGGUUCGCCGAAUAUCUCAACUUGUUUUGAAAAAGGAACAUGCUUUUGUUGAUACAGUGGGUCUGGGUAAUGCAGAAACUCAUGCAAAAGUUAGGCAGUCUUACCUUGUUGCACCACAUAAACUGCAUUUUCAAAUUGUGUACCACCUUUUGAAGGAUCAUAUAUUGCAAGUGCCAGAUUACAAGGUCAUUGUUUUCUGUACAACUGCAAUGGUAACAUCACUCGUGUUUCUACUUCUUCAAGAGAUGAAAGUGAAUGUCAGGGAGAUACAUUCUAGAAAGCCUCAGAUAUAUCGAACUCGCAUCUCUGAGGAAUUCAGGGAAUCAAAACGUUUGGUUCUUAUCACAUCCGAUGUUUCAGCUCGUGGUAUUAAUUAUCCUGAUGUUACUUUGGUCAUUCAGAUGGGUAUUCCUUCUGAUCGAGAACAAUAUAUACACCGUCUUGGAAGAACUGGACGAGAAGGCAAAGAAGGGGAAGGCAUCUUGUUGGUUGCACCAUGGGAAGAAUAUUUCCUGGAUGAAAUAAAAGACCUGCCCAUUGAGAAAUUUCCUUUACCAUUAUUGGAUCCAGACUUAAAGCUCAAGGUGGGUGCUUCGAUGGACAAGAUUGAUACUAGUGUCAAAGAAGCAGCAUAUCAUGCCUGGCUUGGCUAUUAUAACUCGAUCAGAGAAACAGGCAGAGAUAAAACUACACUUGUUGAGCUAGCCAACCAAUUUUGUGAGUCUAUUGGUUUACAAAAACCUCCUCUACUCUUCCGGAAGACAGCCCUGAAAAUGGGUUUGAAAGGUAUACCUGGCAUCAGAAUCCGAAGGUAGUGAUAACUUGAAGCAUGGAAAAACAAGGUGCCAAGUUUAUGCCAAGUUUAGAUGGGAAUGGAAGGGACAGUUUCAGAGACAUGUGAGGAUCCCAGAUGUCAAUCGCAAACAGGUUCAGCUAUUCUUCAAUGGGAAGAGUAGCCUUUGAGUGUAUUUCUGGAUGAGGUACAGCAUUCUUCUUGCUGCAUGACCAGCGCCUUAUAUUGCUGCCUGAAAGUUCAACUCCCUUGGAUUGCAUCAUGCCACUCUCUGUAAUGUAUUUGAGAGCCUCAGUCCUUUGUCAAGCCACUGCAUUCGAUGCAAACAUUAUUGUAACCUUCAACCAUUAAAAGAACACAAGCACAAAGCAAUCAUGCAAUCAAUGUGCCAAUCUCUCUCUUGAUUUGAAGGUAGUUAUGCACAAAGUGAAAGCAAUUAAGUGCAAAUUAAUGAAGUCUAAUUAAUGUGCAAGUAUUUCCCACACUGGACAAUCAUCUGGGAUCCAAUUAGUGGCCCUUCAUUUUGAAGAUUGGUCAAGAAGUAAUAUUAAGCAGUUCGUUGAA